UUUGGUUGACUUAUUUGUAAACAAUUGAAUCUGUCUACAGAAAAAAACAACAUGUAAGUUUAUAUCAUGCUGCAUACUUUGUGAGUUAGCUACAAGGAAACGCUGGGAAAAUGAAAUAAGCUUAUAAGAGCUCCUGUACAGUAGGUGGCGCUGAUUCACUCACUAUUCACAUUCAGCAUCAAAGGCUGAAUACCAAAUGCACCAACGAGUCCCUAUGUAGGUGCCAUAAAUAGGCUCUAUAAUAACGAAUUGUGCGCCCUGUCCAGUUUUUCCUUCUUGAUUUAGGAUUCAAUCCCAGAUGAAGACGAGAAGAAGGCGGGUUUGUCUUCACACGUGUGCGUGAAAGUUGUGUUGGAGUUUGCAGAAAGAAACCAGAAAGUAAACAAAGUGUGUUUAAAGCCAAUGGCAGGAAAAUGAGUCUGGUACUGAAUGAGCUGCUGCUGUGCUGCCGUGGACUGGACCAUGACAAGGCCACCGAGAGGAAGAAGGAGGUGGAUCGUCUCCGGAGGCUUCUUCGGGAUCCUGAAACGGUGCGGGAACUCGACAUUGUGUCCACCAGGAAAGCCUCGGAAAGCAGCACUCAGCUCAUCACAUGGGAUGCUUUGUUCGGGUUCUUGAAGAAGUACCUGAAGAAAGAGAACGAGCUCCUGAAGUCGAACAAAUCGAAAGUCUCAGCUGCCACUCAAACCAACCGGCAAAAGAAGAUGCAGGAGAUCAGCAGCCUGAUAAAAUUCUUUGUCCAGUGUGCCAACAAACGAGGGCCGAAGUUAAAGUGUGCGUAUCUGCUGGCUCAUGUGGUGGAGGUUCUGCAGAGCUCCUUUAGUUGUGCUGUAUAUGGAGAGGACUACAGCAGCAUCCUACUCAAGAACAUCCUCUCUGUCCGCAAGUACUGGUGUGAGAUUACUCAGCAGCAGUGGCACUGUCUGCUGGAUGUGUUUACUUCGUCCAAAUCUAUAAACCGGGUUUUAGUGAGCAGGAUCAUUCACACCGUGGUUCAGGGAUGCUGCCUUCAGACUAACGGCUUGUCACACAUACUCUUCAGCUCUUUCUCAAAAGCACUCAGUAACAUCAGAACAGAGAGACACCUGCAGGUGCUGGAGUACCUGAUCUCUGCUCUGAACGUGUUUCUGCGCUCUGUGGCGAUGAACCGCAGGAGACGAGUGUGCAGACUGGGAGAGGAACUGCUUCCUUCCAUCAUGCAUGUGUGGAGCGAGAUGAGGCCCAGCUCCAGUCUGAAAGAGGAAAUGGUGGAUUUCUUUAACAUACAGCUCAGCGUGCAUCAUCCCAAAGGAGCCAAGACAGUGGAGACAGGUGCCCACGCAGAGGACUGGGAAAAAUGGCGGAGUCUCCUCUACGGCAUGUAUAGUGCUCUCGAAGGGGAGAUCAGCCACAUCGGCAGUCGCGGAAAGUACGCUACGGGUUCUCGUAAUAUCGCUGUCAAAGAAAAUCUUAUUGAACUGACUGCGGACAUUUGCCACCAGCUGUUUAGUCAGGAUUCACGUGUUGUGUUGAGGGACAGCAUGCAGAGCAGCAAGCGGCGGCGUAUGGAGCAUGGCUGGGAAACGCUGAGGGAUCACCUACAACCCCAUCACAGCGACUUCGACAUGAUACCUUGGCUACAGGUGACUGCUGCUCUGACUUCUAAGUACCCCUCCAUGCUUCCUGCCCACGAGCUGGGCCCUCUGCUGUCUCUGCUGUGCCAGCUGCUGGGCGAGCAGCAACAUCGAGGAGAGAGGGGCCUGUAUGUACUGCCCUGCCUGAAGCAGGUGGCUCUGUGCCAGUCCAAAAUCUCAGGAAAGAGCCAGGCUCUGCCAGGAGAAGUAGGCCGGAUUUGGGCCAGAGUGUGGGCGCUGGCAGUGCGAGGCGUCAGUUCUGCUCACACUGAGGCUCUGUGCCUAGAGCUAUUACAAACCCUGGUGCAAUGCCUCCUUGUGCCCGUCGACAGAGAGUUCUGGAAGCUGUUCUCUGGCGCCGUGUGUAAACCAUCUGCUGUUUCGGCCCUCAGCCUUGCCCAGGCCUUGUUGACGUGUUCGGUUCCGAAGAGUGUGUACAGCAGUGAGUGUUCGUCAUCUGUGCUGCUGGAUGCUGGCUCUCCACUCUCUCUGAAAGAAGCAAUCAUUGACUGGCUGCUUAUGAAUGAGCAGAGUGAUGAAAUGGAGGAGAGCGUCAGACUUCACCCAAUCAUCUGCAGGAAUAUUCCUCUAAAUCUUAUCCCGAGAAUUCUGGUGGCUUUGACGGUGAAAGACACCAUGGCAGGAAUGGCAUUUCUCAUGAGUUCACUUCAGCUAGAGAGUGUAUCUGGUCCGGAUCGGCCUGCGGAAGCUAGAACCCUGCUGAAUGAAAUUGAGACACUGUACCUGCAGGUCAGUUUUGAUGACGCGGCGUCGCGGUCUGCAGCCAAAGAGGACAGAAGCGGAACAUUGAGAGAAAAGCCUCAGCUCACCGUCAUCGACUCUCUCAGGACUCGAGUGGAACAGAGUCUUCAGGCUGUAGCGGACCAUCUCCUCAACUCCUUCUCUCCUGACACUCCUAAUACCUCCCCUGCGUGUAUGGUGAGCUGCUUGAGACUUCUUAUUGGUACCCUGGGUUCCUUUGUAUGCAUCGGAUUCCUUACUGAGGAAAACGCAUGCCACACUCCUCUCUUUCAGAAAGCAAAGGCUAUAGCGCAGGACUUCAGUGAAUACAUUUCCUCUGCAAAGACCAGGUUAAGUGAAGAUGAAACUCUGUCCACGCUUCAAUCUGUGAUGCUGCUGUACUCAGAAAGCAUCAGCACGAAGAAUAAAGACAGUGUUUCUACACUCUCUCGCAGUUUAGUAAUGAAGGCUCUCCCCGCUCGACUGCUGAGUGAGCUGGCGGAAAUCUGCAAGAUAAUGUUAGGUAACUCUGCUAAAAGAGACAGCACAGGGGUUGAUAAUGAUCCGGAUGACAUGGAGGUGAGCAGAGAUCAAAUGGAGGAGAACCCACAGGAGGAAGUUGAUCUGUUUGAUGAUGGUGACAGCGCACAGCACAGCAACACCGGAACGCAGAUGCUUAAUACUGACCUGACGGAUUUCCAGCAUGGUUCAGGAGCGAGGAGCCCUCUAUCACAAGAGCACCUGACCAAACAGGACCUGGCCUUCCUGGACACUCUGGAGUUUCUUGCUUUGUGCGCGUCGUUUGAACAGAGUACCGGCCUCAGCUUUAAACCGCUGGACCUUCAACGCAAGCUGCUAAAACUUUUGGAUCCAAUGGACUGUGCCAAACCGCUGCACCUCCACAUGUAUCUGGUUCUGCUGAAGGUGCUUCCGGCAGAGAGGAUGUCUCUGAAAGCUGAAGAGUUUGAUUUGCUGCUCAGACCGCUUGCGGACAUAUGUUCGCAGUACCGCCAAGAUCAAGAGAUGUGCUGUGCCAUCCUGUUAGCGCUGCUGCCAUGUGUGCACUGCCUACGGUGUCCACCUGAGCAGGACGAGGAGAUGCAUCAUGUCCGGGGUGUCCUGCUCAAAGUGCUCUCAGGAUUCUGCUUCUUGGUUAAAAGUGGCAAGUGCACGUCAGCUGUAAGGGCAGCACAGGGACGCUGUUUACUCGCCUUGAUGGAAGUUGACCCUUACUGUAAGUGGGUGGUCUUAUCUCUGAAGGAGGAGGAGCUACCGGCAUGUGCGCUUUUGCCCUUGCACCUGGCAGACCCCCAUCACCAUGUUCGCAUGCAAGCAGCCAUGAAUGUAGAGAGACUGUUCUUGGAGAAAGUAGGUAGGACUGGAGAGCAAAAGAAGAUGCUCCCACUAAAACACCAGCAAGCAGCCUUUGAGAACAUCUACCUGAAAGCACAGGAGGGGAUGAAGAUCCAGAGAAACGGGUCCCCUGAAGACCUGCCUGAUGAGACCUUUAACCGUCAGGCGACUCUACUGAAAAGCCUGUCCAUGGUGAUGCGCUGCAGCCCCGUGUGUGAGAAGCAGGCUCUCUUCGCCCUCUUUCAGUCCUACAAGGAGAACAGCAUCGAGGAGAAUCUGAUUAAAAAGGUGUUGGCGAGCGUUUCUCUUUCUCUGGGCUACAGAAGCUCUGAGGCAUUUGUCUGCUCUCAUCUGAAUUAUCUAGUGGCUGAAUGGCUGAGCCAGAGACAGACGGACACCAGCUACAUGCUACAGUCCUUCCCUUAUACCCUUUUAUCCUGCAGCACUCUGGAGGAGUUUUACAGGUCAUCAUAUCAUGUUCUUAUCCCACGCUUGAUCUUCCUGAACGACUUUGAGCAGGUGAAAUCUAUCGGGAGUCACCUGAAGCAAGACUGGAGGCAGCUGGUGGCCAUCUGCUUCCCUAAAAUCAUGAUGAACAUCCUGCCGCACUUCGCCCUCCCCAGCCAUGAUGCAGAGGCGGCAAAGCAGAGAGAGAAAGCGCACCACGUUUAUGACCUGCUGAAGGACGACCAGUGCCUGGGGAAACAGCAAAUCGACAGUCUGAUAUGCGGCAACCUGGCAGACAUUGUUGUCGAGCUGUUGAUGACGCUGUACGAGGGCGCAGGAUCAGGCACUGCUGAAAGAGGAGACCUGCAGAAGUUUAUUGGGGAGCUGGAUCCUGCUCCGAAUCCACCUUUCUUCAGCUCACACGUGAUUAAAGCAACACUGGAUUACCUCAGCAAGUGUCAUAGCAACAGUCAGAAGUCUCUGGUAGCCAUACUCUCCAAGACACCGAUGUCCAUACAGAAGAUCCUGACUUCGGUUUGCCAGCGCGCAGCCGAGACCACCAACGCCUACGAGAGGCACCGCAUCCUCAUGAUGUAUCACCUGUUUGUGAACCUGCUGCUGUGUGAGGUUAAGGAUGGCCUGGGUGGAGCAUGGGCCUUUGUGCUCCGAGACAUCAUCUACACUCUUAUACACCACAUCAACAGCAGGUCGGGUCAUCAGGACGAGGUCUCUGCGCGCAGUCUCGCUCUGUGCUGCGACCUGCUCACUACCGUAUGCCAGACCGCCAUCCGCGUCUGCGACGAUGCUCUAGAGAGCCACCUACAGGUCGUCGUAGGAACUCUCACGGCACAAGUCACCGAGCAGACGACCAUAUCUCAACAGGUGCUGAGUCUGCUCAAGUUUCUGGUGAUAGAAAACCCGGAUAAAACGUAUCUGAGGAGAGCAAUCCCUUUGCUUGAGCCUUUUCCUGAUCAGCCGGCCUUCGCAGAGCUCCGAUCGGCUCAGCAUGCGCUCAAAUACAGCUCUGGAGCCUUCACCCUCAGACAGGAGAUUGAGCAUUUCCUGUCUGUGACAUCAUGUGACUCGCUACCUCUAACUCGAAUGGAGGGCCUUAAAGAUUUAAAGAGACAGUUACACACUCACAAACAGCAGAUUGAGCAGCUGCUAAAAGAAUGUCACGCUGAUCCUGCCCACAGUGUGCUGGUCAAGCUGGUGCUGAACCUCUUGCAGCUGUGCAAACUGGCAGCCAACCAUCCUGGAGGCAGAGAUAUUUUAGAGGCUGUUGGGGGUUGCUUGGGAGAACUCGGGCCUGUGGACUUGUCUACCAUUGCGCUGCAUCAUGGGAAAGAUCAGAUGUACACCCAGGCAACGUCUCUUUAUCCUAAUGUUCUUCAUCAGUGGGUCUCCAUCAUCCUCAGCUGCAUGAACAACGCGCUGACGAACCAGAGUAUUUCUGUCCGCCAGGCCGCUGCUGUGUGUUUGAAGGACAUUUUGGCCACCUCAUCCGGUUUGGAUUUCUGGGAGCUGCACAAGAGCCAGAGAGACCCAAUGCUGCUUUACCUGAGUCCUUUUCGCUCAGCAAAGAGAAAAGAGAAGACGGUGAGACCGGAGGUCACAUCAGCUUCCAGAGAUCGAGUGGACAGUUCAGAGUUGUGGUCAGUGCAGCCUGGAAAACACAAGGAAUGGCUAAGGAACUUGUGCAUGGCUCUGCUGGACAGUGGAGGGGUCUGCAACGAAGCCCUACUCAUGACCAGAGCCCUUUGUGAGGUGAAAACAGAUUUCUGCCAAAAGAUGCUUCCCCUCUUCAUCCAUGACAUGCUGCUGGGAGACACAAAUGGCUCAUGGAGGGAACUUCUCUCCGUACAUGUCCAGCGCUUCUUCAGCAGCUGCUGCAGACCGGGCGUUUCCGGCAGCCGACCCACCACCCCCAUGCCCUCUGAUUCAGGAGACACGGAUGUUGGAGUUCAGAGCCAACCAGAUAAAUGUUCUCUGCGCACCAUGCUAGCUGUCAUCGACUACCUCAGACAGCAGAGACGACCACUGGGACCGAACAGUGCUGAGUGUGGAACCGUGUGCGAAUCCAACUUCUGGCUGGACCUGAACUAUCUAGAAGUGGCUCGAGCAGCACAGCUCUGCUCCGCCCAUUUCACCGCCCUGCUGUACUCUGAGAUCUAUGUGGACAACAUCCGCAACAACAUGGAGGAGAAGCGCAGAGCUCAAUCCAGAACAUCACGCAGGCUCACGUUUGAUGAUAACAGCCAAAACCUGUCCAUCGGCAGUAUGUCUGAGAAGAGUAUAGAGGACUCGGGCAUGAGCCUGCAGGUAACUCAUGUGAUAAUAGAAUCUAUUUCUAGUCGAAGGUGUUGGUGUGAGCUGAUUUUAGUCGUGCACAUUGUGCAGGAUAUCCUGAUUGAGGUGUACAGGAGCAUCGGGGAACCUGAUAGCCUGUACGGAUGUGGAGGUGGCAAGUUGAUUAAUCCUCUCACUAGAAUCAGGACGUACGAGCACGAGGCCAUGUGGGGUAAGGCUCUGGCCUCCUAUGACCUUCACGCCAAUCUCCCAGAGGUGACGAGGCAGGUUGGCAUAAUGGAGGGUUUGCAGAAUUUAGGGCUCUGUGGGAUCCUGAACACGUACCUGCACGGUCUGAGAAAACACGGGGCUGAGUGGGCACCCGAGUUUCGAGAAUUUCACUUCCAAGCAGCCUGGAGGAACACGCAAUGGGAAACGGACUUGGACGAGCGGAGUGAGAAACUGGAUCCCGGCUUCAACGAGUCUAUGUUCACUGCUCUACAAGCGCUGAAGGACAAAGACUUCUUCAUGUUCGAGCAAACGCUGAAAUACACCAGAGGCAGCGUGGUUGAGGAGCUCUGUCGUGGCAGUCUGGAGGCCGCGUCCUCUCUCUAUCCGGCUCUACGCAGCUUGCAGAUGAUCGAGGAAAUACAAAGCGUCAAACAGCUUUUCAGUGAAUCCAGCCAACUGGACAUCUGCAGGAAGUGGCAUCAGCACUUGGACCUGCUGACAGACAGUGAUUUCAGCCUGGUGGAGCCGAUCCUGGCGCUGCGCUCAUCCAUUCAGGAGACGCUUCUCAAAUGCGAGAGCGACCCAGACAGGAAGAGCUUCCUGAGCUCCACCUACUCCUCACACCUGAUGGAACUGUGCAGACUGGCGCGCACUGCAGGAAACACACAGCUGGCAGAGCGGGCGGUGUUUCAGAUGAAACAGCAGAACAUGGCCAGUGUGAGCGCUGCUACUUCCUGGGCGUGGCAGCUGGAAGAGGCGCAAGUGUUCUGGGUGAAGAAGGAGCAAGGACUUGCUCUGGGAUUACUCAAACAGAUGAUCGAUAAACUGGAGGAUCUGGUGGGCGUGAACUCUGCUGUGUUGCCAGUGUACGCUGAGUGUUUGAGACUAUGUGGCAGCUGGCUGGCUGAGACAUGUUUAGAGAGUCCUGCUGUAAUACUGGAAACCUACCUGGAGAGAGCUGUCACUGUGGGCCAGGACAGCUCUUCAGAACCUAAACUGCAGCGGCAGAAAACUCAGGCGUUCCUCUCGCUCGCCCGCUUCUCUGAUGCCCAGUAUCAAAGUAUCAAGAACUACAUGAGGUCAUCGGAGUUUGAGAACAAACAGGCGCUGCUGGAGAAGGCCAGAGAGGAAGUGGAGCUCAUGAAGGAGAGAAAAGUGGUCGAUAACAGGUACACAGUGAAGGUGCAGAGGGAGCUGAAGCUGGACGUCCGUGCUUUAGACAACCUGAAGGCCGACCGCAGACGCUUCCUGCUAAAGGCGGUGGAGAAUUACACACACUGCCUCGCACUGGGCGAAGAACAUGACACCUGGGUGUUCCGGCUGGCGUCACUCUGGCUGGAGAACGUCGACGCGAAGAACGUCAACGACCUGAUGAAAGUAGGUGUCCAAAAGAUCCCAUCCUACAAGUUCCUGCCUCUCAUGUACCAGCUUGCUGCCCGCAUGGGCACCAAAAUGUCCAGUCCUGGCACUGCAGAGGAUGCGGAAUUCCACACUGUUCUCAACGAGCUGAUCCGUAGGUCAUCCAUGGACCACCCUCAUCACACACUCUUCAUCAUCCUCGCUCUGGUCAAUGCCAACAAGGACGAGUGCUAUUCCCGCAGCCGUCUGUCCAAGAGCAGCACGCGGCAGGCUUCGCCCCUGGACCUGGACAGAGCCGACGUGGCACAGAAAAUCCUCAAUGACAUCCGGAAGAAGAAGGCACGGCUGAUCCGGGGUAUUGAGACCCUCUGCCACGCCUACAUCACCCUCGCAUACAUGGAUGCACGCGGCCAUAAAACUGAGAAGAAGGCAAUCCCCAUCCCAGCAGAUCAACCCAUAAUGCAGAUUAAGGAUCUAGAGGACGUCAUAAUCCCCACCAUGGAGAUCAAGGUGGAUCCAUCAGGGAAAUAUGAGGAUCUGGUGACCGUCAGUUCUUUUAAACCUCACUUCCACCUGGCUGGAGGCGUCAACCUGCCGAAGAUCAUCGACUGUGUGGGCUCAGACGGUCAGAGCAGGAGACAGCUAGUCAAGGGGCAGGAUGAUCUGAGGCAGGAUGCAGUGAUGCAGCAGGUAUUUCAGAUGUGCUCCACACUGCUGCAGCGCAACGCUGACACACGCAGGAGGAAAUUGAACAUUCGCCGCUACAAGGUGGUGCCUUUCUCUCAGAGGAGUGGUGUUCUGGAGUGGUGCUCUGGUACUGUCCCGAUAGGAGAGUUUCUAGUGGACUCUCAGAAGGGAGCACACAAACGUUUUCGGCCUCGAGACUGGAGCAACAUGGAUUGUCGCAGGAAAAUGAUGGAAGCUCAGAAGAUGGAAUUUGACAAGAAGCUCCAAGCGUACAUGGAGGUGUGCCAGAACUUUCGUCCCGUUUUCCGUUACUUCUGCAUGGAGAAAUUCCUGGACCCGGCCAUAUGGAUGGAGAAAAGACUGGCAUACACACGCAGCGUGGCUACUUCCUCUAUAGUGGGCUACAUCGUUGGUCUGGGUGAUCGACACAUCCAGAACAUUCUGAUAGAUGAGCAGACAGCAGAACUGGUGCACAUAGACCUGGGCGUUGCCUUUGAGCAAGGGAAGAUCUUGCCCACUCCAGAGACUGUGCCCUUCAGGCUGUCUAGAGACAUUGUGGAUGGCAUGGGCAUCACCGGUGUAGAAGGAGUCUUCCGAAGGUGCUGUGAGAAGACCAUGGAGGUCAUGAGGAGUUCUCAGGAGGUUCUCUUGACCAUAGUGGAGGUGUUGUUGUACGAUCCUUUGUUCGAUUGGACGAUGAACCCACUUAAGGCCUUCUAUCUGCAGCAGCAGGACGAGCAGGCCGAGCUAAACGCCACCUUCAACCCCACACCUGGAGGAGAGGAACCCGAAACCCACCGCAAACCCAGCAGCGACAGUCAGAGCUUCAACAAGGUGGCGGAGCGCGUGCUGCUGCGGCUGCAGGAGAAACUCAAAGGUGUGGAGGAGGGAACGGUGCUCAGCGUCGGCGGCCAAGUCAACCUCCUCAUCCAGCAGGCCAUGGAUCCUAAAAACCUGAGCCGCCUCUUCCCCGGCUGGCAGGCAUGGGUUUGAAACACACACCUGCUCUUGAGUUGUUUCAUUAUCUUGUAUAUGCAAUUAAUCACGUUCAUGCUUUGCAAAAUGAGCAAAAGUUACUCCUGUACUGUAUCUAAUUCCAUCAGGGAUUUCUUGGAAAAGAUUCUUUGCACUAUCGGAUACAGUGAUACAGUUGUUUACUACAGCUGAGUGCAAAAGUUUGUGUACCCUUGAAUGGACAGGACCCUUGUGGUCCUGUCCCCCCCCCACAAAUGAAUUAUAAUCGUAUAUUUCUGACAACCCUUGAUUUGCUUUUAUACAUAGGCCUAUAUAUUUAUGUAUUGAUCAUUUGAUGUUGUGAGAUGUUCAGAGCUGCUUAAUCGGAUUGAGCAGGGCCUCAUUAGUACUUUAUCGACCCACGUUUUAACAGUGUUAUAGUAGUUAAAUCACAUCAGGAGUUAGAUGCUUCUUUUAAGAGUACACAUUGUGAAAUAUCAGAUGCAAUCACGUUUAUCAAAAAAAAGUUCAAAAUGUUCUUUUCCCAUCAGACCGUAAUUUCACAAUCCCAAAAUGUGAAAUGCCACAAGAUGCGACAAAUGAUUGUUUUAUAGUUCUGUUGUAUUACAGGCUGGAAAAUGAAGUAAUAAAUGCAAUUAAAUAUCAGGUUCUUUUGAUUCCACAAGCAUUGUUGACACGCUGCGUGUCCAGGGGUACGAGAUUAGCCAUGUUUCAUUGAGAAAUAACAUGACACUGGCUGUGUUUCCAUCCAAGUCGCGAAUUUAACUUUUUUGUUUGUACCUUUGAGAUUAAAGCACCGUUUCCAUCCACGUGUUCAAGAGAACAAAACCAUCACGUUCGGGGAAACGAUCUAUCCAAACAUACUUCUCGCUCUCCGCCAUUUUUACUCUUCUGAGCCCAGUUAUCCAGUCACACGAUUUGUUCACACAAAGUCACAUGAGGAAUUUAUCCAAUAAAUGUGUUUCCAUCAUAGUUUUGUGCGCAUGUCUUCUUAUCGAGUAAAAAAAAUUA